AUGAGCGUUCUGGGCGAUGAUUUGGGAUGGUUUUUAAGAAAAUCUGGGGUCAUGCGGGCAAUCGAAGAGGGAAACAGAGUUGUCUUACCUUCAAUCCCCAUCCCCAUCCAUGUCGACUCUUUUGUGAAUCGGAUCUGUCUCUGGAACUUUUCUCCUGCCAGUUCAUCGAGGCAAGAGAGAUGGAUGCAGCGGGAGAAAUCUAAGGUUAUGGAUGAGGCUCGUAUAUUGGUGGUGAGCUGGUAUGUGGUACCUUUGACUUGA